AUGUCCUCAGUCCCGACCCCAUGUCUUCAGUCCCGACCCCAUGUCCUCUCUCCUGACCCCCGUGUCCUCGGUCCUGACCCCCGUGUCCUCAGUCCUGACCCUGUGUCCUCAGUCCUGACCCCCGUGCCCUCAGUCCUGACCCCCGUGUCCUCAGUCCUGACCCCCGUGUCCUCAAUCCUGACCCCCGUGUCCUCAAUCCUGACCCCCGUGUCCUCAGUCCCGACCCCCGUGUCCUCAGUCUCGACCCCCGUGUCCUCAGUCCCGACCUCCGUGUCCUCUCUCCUGACCCCCGUGUCCUCAGUCCCGACCCCCGUGUCCUCAGUCCCGACCCCCGUGUCCUCAGUCCCGACCCCCGUGUCCUCAGUCCCGAUCCCCGUGUCCUCAGUCCCGAUCCCCGUGCUCUCUCUCCCGACCCCCGUGUCCUCUCUCCCGACCCCCGUGUCCUCUCUCCCGACCCCCGUGUCCUCAGUCCCGACCCCCGUGCCCUCUCUCCCGACUCCCGUGUCCUCAGUCCCGACCCCCGUGUCCUCAGUCCCGACCCCCGUGUCCUCAGUCCCGGCCCCCGUGUCCUCAGUCCCGGCCCCCGUGUCCUCAGUCCCGACCCCCGUGUCCUCAGUCCCGACCCCCGUGUCCUCAGUCCCGACCCCCGUAUCCUCUCUCCCGACCCCCGUGUCCUCUCUCCUGACCCCCGUGUCCUCUCUCCUGACCCCCGUGUCCUCAGUCCCGACCCCCGCGUCCUCAGUCUCGACCCCCGCGUCCUCAGUCCCGUCCCCCGUGACCUCAGUCCCGGCCCCCGUGACCUCAGUCCCGGCCCCCGUUUCCUCAGUCCCGAUCCCUGUGUCCUCUGUCCUGAUCCCUGGGACCUGAUCCCCAUGUCCUGACUCAGAGAGAUGCCAUGAGGGACCUGUUCUUCGUUUAGAAACCAGCGACAACGCCUCUGAAGGUCAUCCAGUUUGAAAGAGUAAAAUCUGAGAAGGCGGUCCAUUUCUCAGUGAUAAUUUGUUUAUUAGUAGAUAAACUGAAACAUCACGCCUCUUGACCCGGGCUCGGUUCUGAAAGGCUCGUCGGUGAGCCAGAAGUAAAACCAGUAGCUGUCAAGGAGGCGAGGAGGACCUGUUAGUUUUUCCUUUAGUCCGUGCUGUGCUCUGUAACUAUCUGUAGGAGUAGUCUUUAUUUUCUUUUCAACCUGCCUGUUGCAUUUUAUAAAUCUGGAUUCUUCUACUUUUAAACUUUUAUUCUGGAAAUAUUCUUUGUGGUGAUGGUGAAACGUGUUGCUUAAAGCUUUUAUUGAAUUUUGUUGGGUGCUGAAUAAAUGUGGAACUGAGA